UACCCAGUGCAGGAGACCACUGACAAGCAGCCGCAGGUUUCUUCGGUAGAAAUUACGGCAUUUGGCUUGACUCUUUGGCAGAGGUUGAGGGAAAGUUGGUGCAGACUGGCUUAGUAAAAACGAAAUAAACUUUUGAAUACUGAGUAUGGAAACGGAACCUUGAGAGGCUGGGUUGCAAAUGGAGCAGGAAGGAAAAGAGAUGGCACCUACUGAGACAUGUGAUCAGAAGAGAACGGGCAACGCGGCGCAGGCUCGUAGACGGCGUGGUGAGAACAGGGUUCAGAACACGCCAGGUAUAUGACCAGCUUUCAUGAAAGCCAACAGAGAAACAAAGCGCCUCUUUGUGGGUGGCCUUAGCCAAGCCAUUUCUAAGACAGACCUACAAAAUCAGUUCGGCAGAUUUGGAGAAGUUUCUGAUGUGGAGAUCAUAACUCGAAAAGAUGACCAAGGAAAUGCACAGAAAGUCUUUGCAUAUGUUAACAUCAGAGUAGCAGAAGCAGACUUGAAAAAAUGUAUGUCCAUUUUAAACAAAACAAAAUGGAAAGGUGGUACACUACAAAUUCAGCUAGCAAAAGAAAGCUUUUUACACAGACUGGCCCAAGAGAGAGAAGAAGCAAAAGCAAAGAAAGAAAAAUCAACAACAGGCAACACCAACCUGUUGGAAAAGAUGGGAGGAGUGGAUUUCCAUAUGAAAGCUGUUCCAGGCACAGAAGUACCAGGGCACAAGAAUUGGGUUGUCAGUAAAUUUGGAAGAGUCUUACCUGUUCUUCAUCUUAAGAAUCAACAUAAACGUAAAAUCAUGAAAUAUGAUCCAUCAAAAUACUGCCACAACCUAAAGAAGAUAGGGGAGGAUUUCACAAAUACCAUUCCUGUAACUCGCCUCACUUGGGAAUUAGAAGGAGGCAAUGACCCUAGGAGUAAGAAACGGCGAGGAGAGUUCUCUGACUUUCUCAGUCCUCCCAAGAAGAUCAUGAAAGUACAAAAGAGCCAGGGUUCCACUGUGAGUCUAAGGACCAGUUUGGUAAUGGAGAAUAACAUAUCACCACAGCAACGAGCUGGACAAAAAACAUCUCAUGAUUCCAUUACUCUUUCUAAAUCACACCCUGUGCUUGAUUCUGAUGCUCACAAACUUAAAAAUAUACUUUGUCAGACUUCUAGCUUGGAAACUGUCAGGAAUAGAAAUAGCAUGUCUGACGAUGAUAUUGAUUCUGAAGAUGAAUUAAGAAAGAUGAUUGCAAAAGAGGAAAGCUUACAGAGAACCUCAAGGUCCUCCAUCAAUGACUCUGAUCCCUUUGAAGUUGUAAGGGAUGAUUUCAAAUCGGAUGUUCAUAAACUUCAUUCUUUAUCAAGUGUGUGUAUGAAUAAUGUCUCUUGCUGUGUUAGUGAAAAUAUGGAAAAUGAUUGUGAAUAUGAUUCAGGUGAUACAGAUGAAAUCAUUGCAAUGAAAAACAUCAGUAAGGUAAAAAACAGUGCAGAGUUUUCUCAAAAAGAAAAAUCUAUAAGCAAGAAAUCUUUAAAAAAUAAAGAGCUUUUCAAUCAUUGUAAUAAAGUACAAAAAAGAAAAAACAACAAACAAUCAGCCCUCAGUCAUGGAGUGAAGCCUAUUAAUCAUGAUCCUCUGUCUGAUUCCAGCAGCAGGGACAAUGAGGAGUCUGAAGGAGAUGAAGAAUAUAAAGCCAUGAUAAAAAACUGCCCCUGUGUUAAUCUCACAUUGGCUGAUUUGGAACAGCUAGCUAGCAGUAAUCUGGAGGUUCCAAAAGAUACUGAGAGCAGUGGCCCACAGCCUACCAUAAGUUGCAAGUUUGCUAGAGCUUCCAAGAGCCCCAAGACUUCCCGUGGAAUCUACACAGGCAAACAGUGCAUUUGUCCUGAGGAGAUUCUGGCUUCCCUUUUAAGGGAGGAAAACACCUUUGGUAAACAGAAACCACAGGAAGAUAAAAAGCCAAAAUUUCAGGCAUUCAAAGGAAUAGGUUGUCUCUAUGGAAAGGAAUCAAUGAAAAAUACCUUGAAUAUUGCCUCAAAUAGGAUUAAUGAAAAACAAGGUUCCUUGAAACAUGAAGAUUCCAAUAGCAUUUCCAUAGAAAAUGGGCUGCCACGUGCUAAUGGCUCACCAAUCAAAUUAACUUCAUGCCAACAUACAAAGAAGACAAGUGGCCUAAAUCACAUUGAACCUCAAAGACAGUUAACUUGUGAGACCCAAGAUCACAAGGUAGUCUACCCAAACAGUUCAGAAAAGGGAACUAGAAAUCUUAUUUCUAGUCUGUUGCCUUUAAAAGGUAAGAAAUCCUUAAGUCUUAGUGCCAAGAUUCACAAGAUAGGGUUUGAUAAGGAUAAUUGCCACGGUGCCCAACAGAGAAAAGAGUCUUCAGAGGAAAAGGAGCCUGAUUCCAGCAGCCUCAUAUCUCGUGUGAAACCACCAAAGCGCUCUUCCAGGGAAGACACUCAGGAGAGCCUGGCUGACUUCUCACUUGCUGUUAGUAGUUCAUCAAGCAUAGAUGCUAAAGCUAAGCCUGCUGAAGAUAAUCAGAAGCGUUUGGCAGCCUUGGAGGCAAGGCAGAAAGCAAAAGAAGCGCAGAAGAAGCUGGUACAUAACGCACUGGCAAAUUUAGAUGGACCUUCACAGGACAAGCCAACACACAUCAUCUUUGGUUCUGACAGUGAAAGUGAAAUGGAGGCGACAUCCACUCAGAAGCAAAACCUGCCAGGAGAAGAACUUGUAAAAGAAUCCAUGGGUAAAGCAUCUGGGAAGCUGUUUGACAGUGGUGAAGAUGAGGAAUCUGAUUCUGAGGAUGACAGUGACAGGUUCAAAAUUAAACCUCAGUUUGAGGGCAGAGCUGGACAAAAGCUCAUGGAUUUACAGUUGCACUUCGGCAGUGACGACAGAUUCCGCAUGGACUCCAGAUUUCUAGAGAGUGACAGUGAAGAGGAACAGGAAGAGCUCAAUGAAAAGAAAACAGAUGAGGAAGAAGAGCUUGCUACAGAAAAAAAGAAAGCUCUGAACAUUGUGCAAAGUGUUUUGAACAUCAGCUUAAACAACACUACAAGCAAAGGACCAGUAGCUGCUAAGAAAUUUAAGGAUGUCAUACGUUAUGAUCCAACAAGGCAAGACCACAUGACUUAUGAAAGAACGAAAGAUGAUAAACCAAAAGAAAGUAAAGCAAAACGGAAGAAGAAAAGGGAGGAAGCUGAGAAGCCACCUGAAGUGUCUAAAGAUAUGUAUUACAACAUUGCUGCGGACUUGAAAGAAAUAUUCCAGGCUACAAAAGACACCUGUGAGAAGGGAGAAGAAACACCCUGGCCCGACGAGGGUGUUAGAGAGAAUGAAGAGGUCCGCAGUGCAGCAGCAGAGCAGCCCAGCGGGUUUAUGUUCUCUUUUUUCGAUUCAGAUUCUAAAAAUGUUAAAAAAGAAACCUAUAAAGUUGAAACAGUGAAACCUGGGAAGAUUGUCUGGCAAGAAGAUCCUCGUUUCCAAGACAGCAGUUCAGAAGAGGAAGAUGUUACUGAAGGAACAGAUCACAUAAAGCCGAGCCCUGAAGAAGCAUCAUUUCCUGAAAAAGAGACCACUAGAUUUUUCUUUUUCUCUAAGAAUGAUGAAAGACUUCAUGGUUCUGACUUUUUCUGGAGUGGUGUGGGAAGUAAUAUUAGCAAGAAUUCUUGGGAAGCACGAACAAACAGCUUGCUUAUGGAUUGUCGGAAGAAACAUAAAGAAGCAAAAAGGAAAGUCAAACCAAAAUAAUAUCAGCAUUGAUUUUGAAAGUGAAUGUGAACAAGGCUCACCAGGCAAUUGACCUAAAAAUGAUUUCAGCCAACAAAGAGGAUAUUACAGAGCAGAGAACAUUCAAAAUCUGGCUUGUGGAAUACCAUUCUGGUUCGCAUCUUCUGUGGAAUUCCUUUGUUUUUUGGUUUUUGGGUUUUUUUGGUAUCAGGGAUCAAACUCAGGGCCUUGCACUUGUGAGGCA